AUGCAAACAGGAUAACAGCCAAAUAUUAUAAGCUAAAAUGUUGCGAUGAAUGACAGAUCUAGAUGUCAAGACACUUUUAGAUCACCUUCUUUGAAGAGUAUAUGCAUGUCAUCAUCAAUCUAGGAUGAUCUAAAAGAAGAUUAAAUGACUAAUUUUUAUACAGAAAUGGCUUUUAAAAGAGAGAGUAUGGACGAUAUGACAAAUUUGAGUAUUGAGAGGGAGACUAAGCAAGAGACUUUAAGCGAAACAUUUAUUGGGUCUCAUAACAAUAUGACUAAAGAGGAUUAAUAUUCACAAGACUCAGUAUCAAAGAAUAAAAAAGAUAAAUUAAAAUAAAAAAAUACCAACAAUAACAAUAACAUUCCAAAAUAAUCUAAGUUAUUUAAAAGCAAAAGCUGUAACUAAAAAAAAAAUAAAAGGGAAAUUAGAUGCAAAAGUGCUUUAAUCCAGCAAGAUAAAAAAACAAAUGCUCAUCGUUUAGAUUUUGAUUUUUUAGUAUUUGACUCAUUGAAAUAUGCUGAAAAGAAGAGCCCCCUUCAAAUGGCAUACUAUCACAAGAGCAUGGAUAAAUUUGAGAUGAAUAAGAAAGAUAAAUUGUUAACUAUUCAUUUUGACUCUUUAGAUAAAAUUAAAACUCCUAUUACACUCAUAUUAAAAAAACUUAUUAGUGAUUCAAGCUCCUCAGCUAAAGAUUUGUGUGAUUCUUUAUAUUAUUUCCAUAAACUUUUAAAGAAAUUCCGCACAAUCCGAGAGAAUAAUAAUGAUAAAAUAAAUAUUUUCAAGCAAUUCAUGCCUCUUCUCCCUAAUCAUCAAACUCCCGAAUAAGUUCUUGCUAGUGAUCCCAAAUUUCCUUCUUUAACAGCUACUUAUAAAAUUAAUGCAAAGAAAGGAACUAUAAGUCUCGAUAAAUAUACCUUCAACGAGAAGCUUUCUCAAUUAUUAGGAUUCCCAAAACUUGAAUUGUUAUAGUAACAUAUUCAAUUUACAAAAAAACUUCCUUCAUUGACUGUCCCUACAGAUUAUUAUAACUACAUAAUGGAAGCACUCUUGAAUAAAUUUGAGAAGCAAAGAAGUUCAGUCUGUAAAGGUGUUAUUAAGACCUUCGAUGGCAUCUUACUAAAUAUAACAGAAAAAAUGGUUUCUCGUUGUCAUAUUGACAGUGAUAUAACUCCUGCACAACUGAAUUUACCUUCUUAAACUCAACAAACUAAAGAAGUAAAUCUCUAUGAGAAAUGCAAAAUUGAAGUGGAAGACUUUGAUUACCCUAAUAAAUAAACAGAAGAUGAUGAUGAUGAAGAAGAUAAUGAAGAUGAAAAUACUCCUUAAGGAAUACUAUAUGUGAUGACAAAACACUUCUUUUUCAUCGAAAAUUAGGAAAUUAAUAAAUACAUUUUUAGUAAAGAAAGAUUAGCUCUUUGUGAAUCUAUUGAUUUCUCAAAAUUGAUUUAAGAGAGUUUGCCUUUGCCAUAAGAAAAAAAUUUUGAUUAUGUUUAUUCAAAAUCAAAAAAUUGUAAUUCAAAAAAUAAUAAAGUUAAUAAAUUGAAUGGUGAAAAUCCAAGCAAAAAAAUAUUCUUAAAUAACUAAAGAGAAAUUACCAAAUCUGUAUAAGAUGCAUAACAAAUUUUAAAGGAAGAAUUUAUUCCUCCAGCUUCAAGUAGUAUCAAUAAUAUUUAACCUAGUACACCUGUUGAUGAAAUUAAGAAUACCUUGAUAUCUGACAAUGACUGUAACAACAAACAGGUAGAUUAUUUCAAUCUUAAAGGUAUUGAUUUACUGGAACUUAUUAAGUAAACAUUUUAAAUCUAAAAUGAAUAGAAGCCAAUUUAAAACAAAUAAACUGAAAACAACAUUAACAAUCAUGAGUCUUAAUCAAAUGAAUAGAUAAAUUUAUAAAAAGAUAUUGUUGAAACUAGGUGUUCAUACAGACUUGUUACUUCUAAUAAAUUUGAAAGUUGA